CGGUCGCGGCCUGAGCAGCUCGCGUCACUCCGGCGCCCCUGAUCGUGCACCCUGAGGGCCGGGAGGUUGUCCCUGACCUUCCGCUUCCUUCUCGGGGCGGGGGGCCUAGAGGCGGUCGGGAACGGAGCCUCCCCUACCUGGAAGCAAGACAGAUAUAUUUUUGCCAUGAUGAAUAGGUUUGGAGAUGUAUCAGAAGGUGAAGUGGAUCAUUCAUUCUUUGACAGUGACUUUGAAGAAGCAAAAACAUCUGAAAAAAACUCGUAUUUUGACAAACAAAAGGAUAAUUUUAAGGAACGAAUAGAUUCAGAUACAGAAAGUACAGUCUUGAAAAGUGAAAUAGAAAUAAAGAAAAAUUACCUUACAGAUAAUGGAAAUGAAAGAAAAGAGAAAAUAACUUCAGAAAAACACCCUAUAGAAAAUAAUAAGAUAGAAAACAGAAAUUCUUCAUCAUUGACCACUUCUUCAAAAUCAAAAAAAGUGUGUGAUGCUACAACAAGCCAUAAAAUACACUCAUCCAUUCCUAAUGGUGUUCCCAAAAUUGUAAAAAAACUUGAAGACAAUUAUUACACAGAUGGAGAGGAAAGCAGUGAUGAUGGCAAAAAGCACCAUGUCAGGUCCAAGUCAACUAAAUCAUCGAAUAACCUUAAGAAAGGCGUAAGUAAGAAAUAUUCCACAAACAGUUCCUCCUCUUCCCCUUCCUCUUUGUCCUCAUCUUCAGAUACGGAUUGUUCAGAUCCAGGGUCAGAUCUCUCUGGUUCACCUCCAUUAGUAAAGAAACAAAUACCCAGUGUAACCCACUUGUCACCAAACCAGAAAUAUAAAACAGGAAUAAAAUCAGGAACACAAUCUGUAAACACUAAAUCAAAAGCUGGUAAUUGUGCCGAAGAAUCUGAAGAAACAAUGACGGAUGUAACUCCUCUAUCAACUCCAGACAUAAGCCCUGCUCAGUCUUUUGAACUAAGAUCACAUGAUCAAAAAGUAAAAGCUAAAAGGCAAGAAAAUGUGAGUCAAGAAGUAUAUGAGAAUGUUGAAGACUUAAAACCUAAUUCAAAAUCAGGCAAAAAGGAAAAAGAAAAGACUGGUUUCAAUCUCACUGGGAAGUCAUCGGUGAUAGAGUCUAAUUUAGAUCACAGAAAUAAACAAAGAGCCUUCCAUGACACCAUGGACCUGAAUAAUCUUUUGAAAGCUUUUCUGCAGUUAGAUAAAAGGGGACCACAGAAACCUCACUUUGAUCAGCCUUCAGUAGUAGCAGCUAGGAAAAACUACUCAUUCUCAAAAGAGGAAGUGAGAAUGAUUGAUCGGGAAAAUCAGAGGCUUUUGAGAGAACUCUCAAGACAGGCUGAAAAACCAGGAAGCAGAAGUACAGUUCCUAGAAGAUCAUUUGGUCCUCCCCCUAAAUUAUAUCAUAGUGCUCUCAACAGACAGCGGGAACAGCAACGAAUUGAAAGAGAAAAUUUGGCUUUAUUGAAAAGACUUGAAGCUGUGAAACCAACAGUCGGUAUGAAACGCUCAGAACAGCUGAUGGACUAUCAUCGCAACAUGGGUUAUCUCAACUCAGUUCCAUGCUCCAGACGUGUCAGAUCGACUCUUGGCCAAUAUAGCCCAUUAAGAGGAGCUUCCAGGACAUCAAGCGCUACCAGUGGUCUCAGUUGUAAGAGUGAACGAUCAGUUUUUGACAAAUCUAAUGGUCUGUUACUAAGACCUAAACCCCCUAAUGUCCGUACAGCUUGGUUAUAAACAUUUUUUAAGCAUUCCAAAAAUUUUAUUAACGUGCUCUUGUAUAUUACUAUAAUUCUCUGUGUAAACAUCAAUAAUACUGUUUUGAGCAAUUUAAGGUAUAAACCAUGAGCUUUAAUUUAUUAUAAUUCAAUACAAAGUUGUUUUCAAGAAUACCCUGUAAAAACAGUGUUUUCUAUGAUGUUUAUGAUUUAAUAGAGAAAUGGUAGUAUGCAUGUAUAUUUUCUCAACAUUGAAAUAAUUCAGCUGUCAUGCUGACAGAACAUUGUGAUGGCAUCACUACACUUUGUACUCAGAUGUUAAACAUAUAGUUCUCAUUUUACAUUUUUCUUUUGUAUUUCUUGUAAAUUUUAAACCAUGAAUGUAGCUCCUAAAUUUGACUGCGUAUGAUUGUUUGCUUCAGAACUUGGAUGCAGUAACUCAUAACUUGAUUGUAAAUUUGGUAUAAUUUCUUAGGAAAUCUUGAAAUUUAUUUUUAUUGGUGGAGCAAAUUUAGAUUUGAUGAACAGAUCAAGAAGAACUUACAGUAGAGCAGUCCUUAUUACUUAUCAAAAGCUGCUGCCUCUAUAAAAGUGUGCUAAGUUAGGACUUAAAAAUUUCAUCAGCAUUCCAAACCGUUUCAAUCUGUGUCUUUGAAAGUUUACUCUAGAAUCUCCUCUUCUGUAAAGAAUUGUUAAUUAUCUUUAGAAAUGAGGGGGCUGCAGUUACAGCAUUGUUAAGUUUGUACGGGGACCACAUCAUUGUAAGCCAAAACAAGUGUUUGUUGUUUAUUACAAAAUAGAACUACAAAGGCAGAUUCUGAGUUGUUUUACAACAGUGUUUUUAGUUGAUGUUGCUAUUAGCAAGUUGUAAUAUAUAUAUAGUAUUGAAUAAAAGGGAAGAUAAAUAAAUGCACUGUCUUACAGCUUUAGAAAUAGCUAGAGUUUUAAAGGAUUGAAAAAGUAAACUAAAAUAUGAACAUGA